ACAUCAUCAUCAUCAUCAUCAUCAUCAGUCAUGAUCUCUCGUUCUCUCCUGCUGGUUCUGUUGGUUCUCGCCUGCCUUCAGUCCUUCACAACAGCCAACAAUGGAAAUGGACCAGAUCAGUGCUGUACCAAGAUUGUGACACGACCAAUCCCUAUAAGAGUCAUUACAGAUUAUGAAGUAACAGAGCGUCAGUGUACAAAACCUGGAGUCAUCUUUACUAUACAGAACGGUCGUCUUGUGUGUGCAGAUACCGGCAUCAAGUGGGUGAAGAAUCACAUGAACAGAAUUGACCAGCGUCUGUUUAACAGUCUGAGCAACACUGAAGCUGUAGAUGGACCAGAUCAGUGCUGUACCAAGUUUGUGACACAACGAAUCCCUGUAAGAGUCAUUACAACAUAUAAAGUAACAGAUCCUGAGUGUCUAAACCAGGGAGUCAUCUUUACUCUACAGAACGGUCGUCAUGUGUGUGCAGAUACCAGCUUCAAGUGGGUGAAGAAUCACAUGAACAGAAUUGACCAGCGUCUGUUUAACAGUCUGAACAAACCUGAAGCUGGAGCUGGACCAGAUCAGUGCUGUUUCAGAUUUCUGACAGGACCAAUCCCUGUAAGAGUCAUUACAGAUUAUGAAGUAACAAAUCCUAAGUGUACAAAACCUGGAGUCAUCUUUACUCUACAGGACGGUCGUCUUGUGUGUGCAGAUACCGGCAUCAAGUGGGUGAAGGAUCGCAUGAACAGAAUUGACCAGCGUCUGUUUAACAGCCUAAACAACACUGAAGAUGGAACAGUUGAGUGCUGUUUCAGAUAUCAGACACAACCAAUCCCUGCAAGAUUCAUUACAGACUAUAAAGUAACAGAUCCUGAGUGUCUAAAACCUGGAGUCAUCUUUACUCUACAGAACGGUCGUCGUUUUUGUGCAAAUCCCCAAGACAAGUGGGUGAAUUUCAACAAGAACACAAUUGACCAGCGUAAAACAGCCUGAACGAACCUACAGAGUGUUUAAAUCCUCUCUACAUUAAUAAAUAAUGAAUAAUUAUUUUAUAAAAUGUACUUUUUACAUAAUCAGACACAUGUAUAACUUCCUGUUCUGCUGUAAAAUUGUUUGAUUUGUUUCUGUCUUCAUGCAGAUUUACAUCAUAUCUUUUCUUCCUUCUCUCUUACUAUUGAUUUGAAUUGUUAUAAAAUAGUAGAAGAAUGAAGGUCAAUAAAUAAUCAGUGUAUAAUGAGACGUGUUUGUGGUUCAUGCAGAAGUUCACAUCCUCAACAUUUCUCUGUAUUUAUUUAGACUA